AUGUUCAAUUCAAGUGACCUUCAAGGUGUUUAUCCAUGGACCGCAUCUCCUCUCAUUGUAUCCGCCCCCAUGGCCAAGGUUGCCAUGCCCAAGCUCGCAGUCGCAGUCUCCAAGGCAGGAGGCCUAGGGUUCAUUGCAGCCGGAUACUUCAGUGACCACCUAGAGGAUUUGCUAGAGGAAGCAAAGGACCAACUGUUCGGCGAAGAAGAUAAUCAGACUGAGAGCAGUUCACCCCAGCCGGUGUUUUUGCCAGUUGGUGUGGGCUUUAUCACCUGGAGUGCGUCUUUGGUGGAUGCAUUACCUGCUUUUAAGAAAUACUGCCCUUGUGCGAUUUGGCUGUUUGCUCCGCCACAUGGAUUCCAAGAUCUUGUCCCGUGGGCAACCCAAAUAAGACAGGCCACGUCCCACAAGACACAAAUCUGGGUCCAGGUUAGCACCGUGGCAGAUGCUGUCGAAGUGGCCAAAGUUGUGCAGCCAGAUGUCAUCGUGGCUCAGGGCACAGACGCGGGAGGACACUCACUCGCCCGUGGGGCCAGCAUUGUGUCGCUGGUACCCGAAAUUCGCGACAAACUCCAUGAGAUUUGGACGCCUACACAAGGUCGAAUUAGUGUGUUGGCUGCUGGCGGGAUUAGUGACGGACGAGGUGUUGCUGCUGCAAUCAAUCUCGGUGCGCAAGGAUGUGUCCUUGGAACUCGGUUUCUCGCCAGUCCCGAAUCAAUGAUCGCGAAUGGCUACCAGAAAGAAAUCCUGCGUGCUGCUGAUGGUGGCGUUAGCACAACUCGGACAAAGAUUUAUGACAGUGUACGAGAUAUCCAUGGAUGGCCAGAGCGGUACGACGGCCGGGGCGUGAUCAACCAGACAUUUGUGGAUUCCUGUAGCGGGCUGUGCGAGGGUAAGAAUCGGGAACUCUAUCGUGAGUCCUUGAACCAAGGGGAUGAAGGCUACGGGCCUGAAGGGAGACUUUGCACAUACGCCGGGACCGCGGUUGGGCUUGUUAAGAAUGUUAUGCCGGCGGGCCGCAUCGUUACCACCAUGCGCGAGGAAGCCAACAGACUCCUAUACGGUAUUCGCCAAGCAACCAAAUUGUGA